AUGCCACGCGGGUUCCUGGUGAAAAGGUCCGGCUGUCACCCACAUACCUACCUAGACGCUCGACCUAGACAGUGUGUAGACAUAGCGCAUAGAACUAUUACUUUAGAGAAAGAUAGUCAACAUAAUCCUAUUUCUGUAGGCUCGAAGAUUUUCUCGACAUUCUCACACGUUCGUAGAACAGAAGCAGAACAACGUGAUAGCUGCUCAGUAACUUCAAUUCCGUCAAUAGUGGUUAGUGGCCUGGCGAAAGAACAAGAUGAACCAUUGGAGUUAACCACAGUACGUCGAUGUGGGACCCCAACAAAGGAAACAUCUCUGCUGGAUCAGCUUCCUGCAACUCCUCCUCGACCUCUCAGAGCUCCCCAACCACCCCAUUUGUGUCCGACUCCUAAAAAGAGAACCCUGUCAACAAGUCCCGAUACUGAACGUAAAACAAAGUCUCUUCGGAAAGGAAAAUUUGCUCGUAAUCUAAAUUUUGACGAUGAUAAGACGUCUCCAGUUUCAGGAAUGUUUAUCCUCGAUCUGGACAGUGAUGAAGAAGUGACCGGGUCUGUAAAACAAGGUGACAUCGAUCCUAGUCUUAACUUGGUAUCCGUUAGCGAAGAAGCCAAAGCCGAGCUGGCCAAAAUUGACAACAAGCUGGGGGCCUACACGUGCCAAUUAUGUAAGGAUGAAUUCGUCGAUGCUUUCUGUCUCGCUCAGCACCGCUGUUCUCGCAUAGUUCACGUGGAAUACCGUUGUCCGGACUGUGACAAAGUGUUUAACUGCCCAGCCAACUUGGCUUCUCACCGUCGCUGGCACAAACCUCGCCAAGAUACUGUAGCCACAUCAACCAAGUUCCCUGCCACCCAGACAAAGCCCUCCUCCACUGAAAACGUAGCUACUCCUUCGUCAGAUCCACCUGUGCUAGAGUCGGGUGCAGGAGAAAUUAAGGAAGGAGAAAAGUUUGGGUGUGAGGUAUGCGGGAAGAAGUUCAAGCGACAGACAUAUCUUAAAAAACACAUCCAAACACAUAAUAAAGUAAUGGAAAAUUCCGAAAUAGACUAUUUCUGCCAAUGUGGCAAAGCUUUCAGAAGUCUGGCGGAUCGUUCCAAACACAACUUAAUUCACCCUGGACUGUUAUCUUCACUCCAGGACCCUCACCUGGGAGACAUCUUCUACCCAUGCAAGUUCUGCCCAAGCAUCUUCUACAGCCCAGGAGGCUUGAGCCACCAUCUUACCAGCUACCACCCGGUGGAAAGCAGGAGACUCCUUCUACAACAACUCCCAAACAUUACUUCCCAGUUCCCUGCUUAG